GACAACCAGCGCGCCCGCCAUGGCGGCGCCCAGCGUGUUCCUGCUGGCCGUGAGCGGCGAGAUCGAGAGCGGGGAGUUCCCGGGAUUCGAUGAUCUCUACUGCAAGUUCUCCUUUGUCUACGGCCAGGACUGGGUCCCCACGGCGGGCCUGGAGGAGGGAAUCUCGCAGAUCACCUCCAAGAGCAGCGUCUCGCCCACCACGCUGGUCUGGAACUUCCCCAUCGACAUCACCUUCAAGAGCACCAACCCCUUCGGCUGGCCCCAGAUUGUGCUCAGUGUCUACGGGCCUGACUUCUUUGGCCACGAUGUGGUCCGGGGUUAUGGAGCUGUGCAUGUGCCCUUCGUGCCAGGCAGGCACAAAAGAACCAUUGCCAUGUUUGUCCCUGAGUCCACCUCGAGGCUGCAGCAGCUCACCAGCUGGUUCACAGGGAGGCGCCCGGAAUUCACCGACCCCAAGGUGGUGGCACAGGGAGAGGGAAGGGAAGUGACCAGGGUGCGCUCCCAGGGCUUUGUCACCGUUUCCUUCAACGUGAUCACCAAGGACCUGCACAAGCUGGGCUACGACGUGGGCCAG